CCGGAAUGGGAUUUUAGGAUUCGAUAGAAAGUACGGCGGGAAGGCAGGAGGGUGUCGCCCGCAAGCGCCUCCCCGUCUUAUCUUGUCCUCCGCUGGGGUUCGAAGUAGAAUUGGGGAUGGAGAACUCGCUCAGGUAUGAUGGUGAUUCCAAAUCCCUUCGGAUACAUGCCAAGGAGAAGAUUCCCCUCGCCUCGAAAACCCUAUUGCAGGUACAUGGAGAAUUAGACACCGGGACUGGGACCCCUAGUUAUCUUGCCCUAAUUGUUCGACAUUUCUAUCCUGAGUUAUCAGCCAGCAUGGGUUUUGGCAUUCAGCUCAACAAAGAUGAAAAACCCUGUUAUAGCCUUCGAGGAAAGAAGGCAUUUCCAGUCACAGCCAGUGGUCUAGUGGGGAUAAACUUGAAGGGAAGGUUCCAUUUCGACAAAGAAUAUAAGGAGGCAAGGGGAGCAGUUGAAUUGGCAUGGAGUGUAUUGAAUUUCCAAAAGGAUCAAGAUGUGAGGUUUAAAAUAGGAUUUGAUAUCUGUGACCAGGUGCCAUACUUCCAGAUCCGGGAAAAUAAUUGGACUCUUAAUGCAGACAUCAAUGAUAUCAAGUGCAAUACUGGAGACAAUUUAGACAGCAAUGUGCCAUACUCCUUGCUUGAGAUGCUUCAGCGCUAUUACAAUCUGAUUCAUGAAUCUUUGCAACUUGAUAUCAAAUGUUUGGGUAAUCAAUACCUUUUUCUAGUAUGAUUUGUGCGAUUCUAA